GUUAUGCAGAAAAUUUAUUGGCGCUUUUUUAAGACCCUCUCUUCAUCGGAACAAUAUCAUAGAAAGGAAUAUUGUCUAAUGUUUGAAUGUUUGCAUCCCGCUGUCGAAGACAAGUAACUCUCAUCAAGCGCAAUGGGCAUGAAGAUCAACUUCAAAGCUGUUGGACUUUGUGUCGCUAUAGCCUUAUCUUUUGCUCCAAGUGUAUUUGCAGGUCGGUACAUCAUCGGAAAAGAAGAAGAUGAGACGUUGUUGAGUCUGAGCAUUGCAUUUCUGGUGAUCUGUAGCGUGUUUCUGCUGGUCAGCAUUGUGGCAGCCUUAAUGAUGUUUAGACGCACACGUGUAUCCUGGGGUAGAAGGGAUUACGCUUUAGCACUGGAAAAUUUGAGCCAUUUACAGACUUCGUUAAAACUCUGUAAAAUGUCAACAUUUCCUUUGUAAAUUUCAUUGUCUGUAAAUUUGCACACUUACAGAGAUUUUGUAAUCUCUGUUAAAACUCUGUAAAUUUUAGUACAUGUUUCGCGGUCAGAUCGCAUAAAAUGUCCACGAAAUGUUGCUAUUUUUCUUGUAAAUGUUUCGUAAAAUUUAGAGAUUUUAUGGCAUUUAAAGAAAUCUCUGUAAAAUGUCCACAUUUUCUCUGUAAAAAGGGCAGGAGAAAAAUCUCUGUAAAAUCGAAAACAUAAAAUCUUCGUAUUAUGUCUGUAAAGUUUAAGUUAAAAUAAUAUCAUAAAGUGUUAUUAAAAUCUACACAAAUAAACUGCACACAAUGUCACACAAAAGUACACAUAAUGUCUGUAAGAUGUAAGCAUUUUAUUGGUGUAAAUCUCUGCAAAAUUUCCACAUUUUCUCUGCAAAAUCAGCCUGUACAAAAGGAACGGUUACAAAAGCCGUAAGACAUAAUCUCAAUAAAAUCUCUGUAAAAAGCAAACAGAAUAUUGCGUUAAAUCUUAGUACAAUGUAGACAAAUAAACUACACAGCAGGUCAAACAAAAGUACACAUAAUGUCUGUAAAAUCAGCAAAUAAAAUAGGAAGGUAUUGAGAACCAGAACAUUAUCUUAUGACACUUCUUACAACGAGAGGUUUACAAACAGCAAAAUAAGGACUGUAGCAGGUUUACACAAAAUAAAAUAACCUUUGUGCCUUUCAAUAACCAAUAAAUUCUGAAGUUCAAAGUUGUGCAACUAACAAUUGAGAUUUACGCUGCACAUAUCAAAAUUAUGACAUACAAAUGAAAGGACCUUGGGAGUAAGUACUUUAUUUAGACACAUUUCACCAGUGAGCCUGGGGCUCGUUUGAAUGUGAACGUGUUUGCUAAAAUUAAAAUGUAAAAUUUAAAUAUAUUAUCUAUUCAAUAAAAGUACAAAAACUAGACUAUAAAAU